CCUAGAUCCCUAUCUUUGACCUCCAUGCCUAGGCACCUGGCAUCUUCCAGCAUCUUCUCCGAGUCUGCUGGAACUCAGCCCAUGCCUUCUGCACCGAAGGCUUUUCUCUGUUCACCAACCCACUGAGUAGCACCUCCUAAGCUGGAGGCCACUUGUCCUCCAUGACCCCUGCCAGGUUUUAAGCCUAGGGUUUAAGACUUGCUCCCGCCAGCGUCCGGUUGCUUUUAAAUUCUGCUGCUCCUGUCUUGGAACCCGCUCACAUCUCUUGCAACUGUCCCACCCCACGGCUGCAGACCAGAUUUAGCCCUCACUCCUUCCCUGCUGAUUCACUGGUUUUCUGUUUCCAUUUCUGCCCUCUGCUCACAAACACCAGCCUGUCUGUAAAUGCAGCUGAUGGAUGGACCCCGUGAGCCAGUCCAGCCCAGCCAGUGCUGCCGUGGCCCUGCCAGCAUCCCCUGCUCCCUCCCCAUGCACACAUGCUGCUCGCCAGUCUCCCUCCACCUCCUGCAAUCCCUGAGCCGCUAUGACGCUUCAGGGCUCUGUCUCACACAUGCCCUCCUCCUUCUGCCUGGAUCACCCAUCGUUUGCCUGCAUCAAGCAUACAUAGCCUGGAGGCUGAUCUCUGGAUCCUGUCUUCCAGGACGUUUUCUCUGACCCACCCUCCCUGGAGUCCCAGUUAGGUGUUAGGCUGUGCAUCUGCACGGCCCUGGUGCUAUCUCAAAUUAGAGCAAGUUGGUGCUUCUCACCUUGGGUUGUCUGCCCAGGUGCUCCCACCCUGAGCACCAGAGACAAGACAUUGUCCUUCAGGAGCGCACAGGCAGUCAUGUGAGCAGCCGAUAAUGUGGCAAAAAAGACACGUCCUGGGUGGCACCUGGUGGGGGUGGCCAGCCAACAGGAGGGACAGAGACCCCUCGCUGAGUGGAAGGAGGUGGUGAGCUAUGUCUUGAAGGGCAAACAGUAAGGCAAGUGGGCAAAGGCAAUCAAGAGGGAGCCGUGAGAAAGUAGAGGGCACAGGACCCAGCACUGAGGCCAGGGGCUGCAGAGAUGUGACAUCCCCGGUGGGGAGGGUUGCUUACAGGAGGGGCAGUGGUUUCAGAGCCUGGACACACUGGGUUGAGGAGGCGUGUGAAUAUGACAGAAUGACAAUUGCAUACCUCGGCUCUGUGGUUAACCCUAGCCAGGGGUGGGGCCGGUGGCACCGUGGAGAAGUGCCACUAGCCCCAGACUCCGAGUCCCCACAGAGGCCCAGGGCUCCAUGUGCAGCACAGGGAGACCCACCCUCCCGAUGCCACACACUCAGGCCCAGAGCGAGUCAGGGGCCCCCUGCUCCCACACUCAGACCCUUGCAGGGCCCCCCUCCUUGACUUCCCGUGCAGCCCUUUCCUUAUGAUGGCCUCAGUUUCUAAUCUGAAAAUAAGAUGAGGAUUAGGAAAUGUUGAAAAUUUGAAAUUGUGUGGCCUCUGCUCUUCCUGUGGGCUGGCACCCCCCAGCCACUCCCAAGACCUGUGGACAACUUUGGGGCAGGGCCAGGACAUGGAGGCUGCUUUUGUUUUGUUUUGAGACAAGGUCUCACCCUGUCACCCAGGCUGGAGUGCAGGGGCAUGAUCGUGGCUCACUGUAGCCUCAACCUCCUGGAAUUGAGCGAUCCUCCUGCCUCAGCCUCCCAAGUAGCUGGGACUACAAGCGUGGGCCAUCACACCUGACUAAUUUUUUUUUUAAAUUUUUUAUGAGAUGGGGGCCUCAUUUUGCUGCCCAGGCUGGUCUAGAACUCCACCCUCCUUAGCCUUCCAAAGUGCUUCGAUGACAGGUGUGGGCCACCUUGCCCAGCCUGAGGCUGGUUUUCAAGCUGUCAUCAUCCAUAGCCUCAAAGGGCCUUCGUCCUUCUCCAUGGCGCCACCCAGACCCUCACCUGUUUGCUUAAACCACCCCUGAGGCACCUGCUUCCCCUGGGUGAAGACCUGAAACCUACCCCUUUUCGGCCCUCAAGGUUUCACUGCGUCAACCAUUCUUACUCCCUCUGGGAUCUUCUUGCCUUCCUGGCUGGCUGGACAUUGAGGAUGGAUGGAUAAGUUUUCUGCUCCUCACAGAGGGUGGUGGGGACAGGAAUGGAAAAGUAGGGGAUUGGGGGCUGGAAGGGAUUGAAGCUCAGGGUGAGAAAAACUAGGGUGGGAGUUGGAUUGCCCAGGUAAAUAAGGCAUGGGGACAGAAGUGGGCACGGCUGGCGAAGGCAGCGGGUGGUUGGGGUGAGCAGGAGCAGCGAGAAUGGCUGGGAUGAGCUGGAGGGGUGCCUGGGGGUCAGGGUGGAAGCAGAGAACAGGGAGGAGUUUGAGGGGGAGAUGGGGAGCCCCCAUCCUGCCCCCUGUGCUGAGCACUCUGCCUCAGCCUGAGCCAUGCCCUCGGAUGGGACCCCACCCUCUGGCCCCAGACCUGUCACCCAUUUCUCCUUCGCUCUUGGAACAGCAUGAAGAAGGUCAGACAAAGUCACUCUGAGUUGAGAUGUUUGUUGCUUCCAUUAGAUUAAAUGACAAAAUUAAAUGGGCCGGGCCAGGUACUUUUCCUGCAACCAUCACUAUAGCCAGGGGCAGGCACGAUGACUGGCAGCCCCUUCUAGAAUCAGAAGUGGGUAAGCUUUGCAGAGUCAAACCAUAAUGGUCUUCUGGAAUCUAGACACUGACAUUGGGUCUUCAGACUUUUUUAUUGAUACCUCCUAAAUAUUUGUAAAGAAAUAGGUGCUAUCUAUUAAAAACACCUGAAUAAUAUUUUCUUUAACAGUCAGAACUUUAAUCUUCUUCUUUUUUUUUGAGACAGGGUUUCACUCCCAUUGCCCAAGCUUGAGUGCAAUGGUGCGAUCUCGGCUCACUGCAACUUCUGCCUUCCGGGUUCAAAUGAUUCUCCUGCCUCAGCUUCCUGAGUAGCUGGGAUGCAGGUGCCACUGCACCUGGCUAAUUUUUGUAUUUUUUGUAGAGACGGGGUUUUGCCGUGUUGCCCAGGCUGGUCUGGGACUCCUGAGCUCAAGUGAUCUGCCUGCCUCACCCUCUCAAAGUGCUGGAUUUACAGGCAUGAGCCUCUGCACUUGGGCCCACUUCUUCAAUUCUUCUUGCCAUUUCUUGAACUAUAUUUCCAAAGUCUUUUCCUGGUUAUUUAUGAGACACAACUUGAUGCUCAGUUAAAAUAAGUGAGGUCUGCUGACACUCAGUAGUGCAGCUGAAACCUAUUCACAUUCAAGUCACGAAAUAGAACUUGUAUGCCCUUCAGCUAGAGGAAGUGGGGCUACCUGACAUAAAGGUAGAAAAAUCUCCUGACACUCGGAGGAGAUAAAGUGUCAUGACUUAGAUAGGGCAUAUAGGAGAUAGGAGGUUUCGUGACUCUCAGGUAAGGGAGAUGAGACCUCCAGACAACCAGGAAGAGGUGAGAAUACCUCCAGACCUCAGGGGGUUGAGAUGAGAACUUUGGACACCCAGAAUAGAGGAGAUCUCAUGAUACUCUAGCAGAGGAGAUGAAAGCUCCAUGCCAUUUAGACAGGGAUAUGAGACUAUAUUCAAGUAGAGGGUAGGACAUGCCCUGGCACCCAGAUGGGGGCAAUGAGAUCUCCCAACACUCUGGUAUACCGGUGGAGACUUCAGAACAUUCAUAUAGGUAAAAUACAACCUCUUGACAUUCAGCUAGAAGAUGUAAGACCUCUUGAUUUUCAGGUAGAGAAAGUGCGACAGGGUGACACUUGGGUGGUGGAGGUGAGAAUUCUUAACCUGUAGGUGGAGGCAAUGAGGACCUCUGGCAUUGAAGUGGAAAAACAGAGUUGUUAUUUCUUUCAAAGAAGGAGGUGAUCACUCCCUGAUACUGGGUAAGAUAUACGAGACCUAUUGAACAUUCAUUUGAGGAUGUCAUAAGUACGACAUUCAGUUAGAGAAAAUAGAUAAAUCAAGAUCAUCUGAUAAUCUGAAAACUCAACACUCAGGAAUAGGAGAUGAGAUGUCCUGACACUCAGGUUGGAGGCAUGGGACCUUCUGACACCCACUUAGAUGAUGUGCAACCUAUUGACCCUCGGGCUGGUUGAGAUCUUACAUUCAGGUAGAAGAGGUAAGGCUGCCCUCAUGCAGGUAGGUAAGAGUGUGACCUCCUGACACUUGCAGGCGAUGGGAAAUGUUUUAACAUUCAGGUGUUUGCAAUAAGCAUUUGUCACACUCUGGUAGGUGAGAUGCUAGUUCCUGACGAUCAGAUGGGAAAAAUGAUGCUUCAUGAUAUUCAGGUAGCUGUAUGAAAACUCUUGACAUUCAAGUAUAGGAGAAAACACCUUGCUCCACCUCAGUCACAGAAAGCCGAUCUGGAGACAUUCAGGAUAAUAGGAGACCUUGUGAUAUUCAGCAACGGACAGGAAGGUGGGCUUUGCAGUUGUAAAUUAGGAAAAUUCAAAAUGACUCUUGGAAAAGUGUGUUGAUAGCAUUCACUUGGAAGAGGAAAAGAAAACUUCCCCAACAACAAUUAAGGAUCAGUUAAUCUGCUGACCCUGACUCCUCUGAUCCACAAACAUGUUGCACUGUCUCAUCACUGAAGGGCUGAGCCGCUCCUCAGUCUGUGAGUCUGCAGUGGUUACAGCAUGCAUGAGAGGCAGACUCUGAACCUGCACAAAGCCAGAGCCUUGGGUGAUGUGGGGACCUCGCAAGAGUUACUGGGAAUGGAGAUCCUGGCCUUGGGACAGAGGGAGUGGGGCUGCACAGGAGUCCCCCAUCAUCCUGGUGGUGGGGGAGCCUAUGCAGGAAGUCAGGAAGUCUCUUCAGCACAAACCAGUUAAGGCGAGGGGCUCUUACCUGGCCUGACUGCUGGGGGUGGGGUGGGGGUCACCCCUGCUGAUUGGCCAGGCAGCCACGGAACUUUGUGAGGUCACUAGGCUUGCAGGCCAGGCAGUGCCAGGAGUAUGGUUGAGAUGCUACCAACUGCCAUUCUGCUGGUCUUGGCAGUGUCCGUGGUUGCUAAAGAUAACGCCACGUGUGAUGGCCCCUGUGGGUUACGGUUCAGGCAAAACCCACAGGGUGGUGUCCGCAUCGUCGGCGGGAAGGCUGCACAGCAUGGGGCCUGGCCCUGGAUGGUCAGCCUCCAGAUCUUCACAUACAACGGCCACAGGUACCACACAUGUGGAGGCAGCUUGCUGAAUUCACGAUGGGUGCUCACUGCUGCUCACUGCUUCACUGGCAAAAAUAAUGUGCAUGACUGGAGACUGGUUUUCGGAGCAAAGGAAAUUACAUAUGGGAACAAUAAACCAGUAAAGGCGCCUCUGCAAGAGAGAUACGUGGAGAAAAUCAUCAUUCAUGAAAAAUACAACUCUGCGACAGAGGGAAAUGACAUUGCCCUCGUGAAGAUCACCCCUCCCAUUUCGUGUGGGCGCUUCAUUGGGCCGGGCUGCCUGCCCCACUUUAAGGCAGGCCUCCCCAGAGGCUCCCAGAGCUGCUGGGUGGCUGGCUGGGGAUAUAUAGAAGAGAAAGCCCCCAGGCCAUCAUCUAUGCUGAUGGAGGCACGUGUGGAUCUCAUCGACCUGGACUUGUGUAACUCGACCCAGUGGUACAAUGGGCGCGUUCAGCCAACCAAUGUGUGCGCGGGGUAUCCUGUAGGCAAGAUCGACACCUGCCAGGGGGACAGCGGCGGGCCUCUCAUGUGCAAAGACAGCAAGGAAAGCGCCUAUGUGGUCGUGGGAAUCACAAGCUGGGGGGUAGGCUGUGCCCGUGCCAAGCGCCCCGGAAUCUACACGGCCACCUGGCCCUAUCUGAACUGGAUCGCCUCCAAGAUUGGUUCCAACGCUUUGCAUAUGAUUCAAUCGGCCACCCGUCCACCUCCCACUACUCGACCGCCCCCGAUUCGACCCCCCUUCUCCCACCCUAUCUCCGCUCACCUUCCUUGGUAUUUCCAACCGCCCCCUCGACCACUUCCACCCCGACCACCUGCAGCCCAGCCCCGACCCCCACCUUCACCCCUGCCCCCACCCCCACCUCCACCCUCAACUUUACCCCCACCCCCACCCCCACCUACACCCUCAUCUACCACAAAACUUCCCCAAGGACUUUCUUUUGCCAAGCGCCUACAGCAGCUCGUAGAGGUCUUGAAGGGGAAAACCUAUCCUGACGGAAAGAACCAUUAUGACAUGGAGACCACAGAGCUCCCAGAACUGACCUCGACCUCCUGAUCUGACCUGGUUCUCAACAGACCCAGGGAGCCCUUCACUCCUGAGAAAAAGGAAAGAUGAAAUAAAUAAAUAAACAUAUAUCUAUAGAUAUACACACACACAUAUCUCCAUGUAUACAUGCAUAUACAUCAAGAGAUGCUUUCUGGACUUCUUCCUAUCCCCCCUCCCAACCCAAAUUUCCCCUAUAAAAUCUACCCGCUCUCCUUCACCCUACAAUAAGGCGGAAUUGCUUGUACAUGACUGCCAAUCGUGUUUUUAAAAAUCUUGAUUUUUAAUGCUGGAAUAAGGUGACCUGGGGCUGUAGACCAGGGAUGGUCUUUAUUUCACACUUAGGGAAAAACGACAAAUGGUGAAAAUAAAAGAGCCAUCUCUGCAUGUGCAAGUCAAAGGGGGUGGACCCCCAAAGCAGCAGCUGUGAGUGAGCUGCCUGGGAAAGAGGGGGUGUGGGUCCAAGUCUUCUAUCAGGAGGCUGGUGGUGUUGACACCCACAGAGAAGCUUCUGCAUGAAGGUUGAGCUCCCCAGAACACAAAGGCCAAGGAGGCCACCAGGCCACCAGAACAAGUGUCUACUACCAAACACAGUUUUGCUUGUGGCUUGUUAGUGUCCAGUCGACACCAACAAGCCUGUUCAUUACUUGCCUGUAGUUAAAUCUUAUUAGUUCCUGGAUUUGAGCAAAUUAAAAAAUGUAUUCUUUGCUAGAGCUUUCUAGGAAUUGCAAUGGGGAAUACUUUUUGGAUGCCCCCGAGUGAGCUUUGAAUGGCUUCCUUAGGAUUUGGGGUUAUUUAUUUUAAGACCUUCCAUUGCAAGGAACAGAAACCAGUUAGAGCCAUUUAAGUGAUAAGGAUGCAAAGAUGUCACACAGAACCAAUAGGAAAGGCCAGAAGCAGACACCAAGAAUGGUGAGGAACCCAGGCAAGGCAUGACCCUGGUCUGCAUAGAGUACCUGCCCCACACUGCCCCAUGCUGGGGGCAGCUGUCACCUGGAACUGUUCACAUCUAUUUGCAAAAUCCUGGGGAAUAAAUCCUCCAGCCUGACCAAUAUGGUGAAACUCCAUCUCUACUAAAAACACAGAAAAAUUAGCCAGGUGAGGUGGCGGUGCCUGUAAUCCCAGCUACUCGGGAGGCUGAGGCAGGAGAAUCACUUGAACCCGGGAGGCAGACGUUGCAGUAAGGCGAGAUCACGCCGCUGCACUCCAGCCUGGGUGAUAGAGUGAGACUCCAUCUCAAAAAAAAAAAAAAAAGAAGGAAAUCCUGAUAGGUUCAGGCCAACCACCCACUCUGAUCAGGGAGUAAAAAUGCAAAACUUGACUGCUGGUUUAACCCCUUGUGAGACUGAAGAUGGCAGGUCUCAGAAAGAGAGAAAACCUUGGCAUUUGGCUGAGCAGUCAUUGCAACAAGCUUUCACUCAUAUGUGUGUCCACCUAGCUGCUUGUGUGAGUCAAGUGCAAGGUGGUCCUAUGCCCCGGUUACCAAGACAGGUGGCAGAGAGAAGGUGCCAUGGCAGGUGGGAGGAACCCUGGCUGAGAAAGCUCAAAGGACCAGUCAUUUUCCUGCUGGAGCUGGAACCUGGACUGAUGGAGCAGCUGUGAAUCUUCAUCUUCAAAAUUUAUUGGUCUACCUGGGGUUUCAAGCAAAUACCCUGCUCUACCCCGCAUAAGCUCCGUGCUCUGGGGAAGAUGUGCCAGAGGGCUGUGUGACCAUGAAAUAAGGACAGAUGCAGAGCAUUAAAGCAGGUCUUGACACACCAGAAAUGCCCAUGAACAUGGGCUGUCAUUCAUGGGCCAGCUGGUGGUGACUGCUGGUGCGUAAUCUUACGCUUAUCUGCAGGGGCACUUCGGUGCCUGCCGUUUUCCUCUUAUGACCCCUGAAAUGCUUUGGCCACAUAGGAGGGCUUGCAUAUUGAGUCGAAUGGCCCAUGCCUCUGUAGGAUAGUAACAGUUGAUCACACUUAAAACAUUCUAUCUGCCUUGGCUAAGAGCUGGUGCUGCUGAAGUUGGAGUUGGUAAUUCAUUUUAUUGACUUUUAGGCUCUCUCUACUAAAGCCAGUUUCUUAAUCUCCCUUUGUACCCUGGUGCCAGACACUUGACAUUCUCUAAAUACUAAGCAUACAAAAUGCAAGGCCCCAUGCGGAAGCCGUAACAGCGGCAGCUUGGGAUUCACCCUCAAUGACCCUGAGCCAGACACAGAGCCAGGUGGGCUAGCACAUAGAAGUAUGGGGCAAGGUGUGCUGCAGUCACAAAGGGGUUUUGGACAAAUUGGGGUGGAGCUACAGCAGCAGCAUUUUUCUACCCCAGAGACUUCACUGCUUCUCUUCUGAGCUUUCUGUGAUCCAGAGUUGAUUUUCUUGGUUCUCUUUCCCCAUAAAUACUCCUUGUCCUUAGUUUCUUCUCUCCCCAGUGAUGGAGAAAAUCUUACCCUGGGCCUAUCAUCUAUAGCUGACAUCUGGGCCUCCUUGGAGAGACAGGGCCUACUCUCAAGGAACACCCUAUGAGAGGCCAUAGACUGGGUGGAGAAUUCAAGCCGUGAUUCCUGGAAACUUCACAUGCACAUUAAUAUGGUGACAUGUCACAUAAUCUCCUGAUCUUUCACCAUUCACACUACUCUAUGACUUGCUUUUCCAUUUAGCAAAUAUAGAGGUAUUUCUAUGUUAGUGUGUACAGGCCCAUCUUAUGUCUCUAAAUUGAUCUUCCACAAUAGGGAUACUUAUAAGACAAAGUGGCACAGUUCUUUCCUAGGAAGGAAUGUUUAGCCUUCCAUGCAUGAGAGUGCCCAUUUCCCUACAUCUAAGCCGACACUGUUCUUACCAAAUGUGUCUAUCUUUACCAAUGUAAUAGAUGUUCCAAUUUUCAUUUUUAAAAUUGACGCUCUUUGAUCUGCCUUCAUGUUCCUAUGGAUAGUUUAACCCUGAAAAGGUUAAACUUUCAGAUCGUGAAGCAGGUGUCUCCUGCUCAUAGUGACAGGAGAAAUGGAAGAAUGACCAGCUGUGUGACAAACCAAAACUCCAGGGACCUAGACAUCUAAGGGGUGUGCCCACCUAGACAUCCGAGGGGUGUGCCCACCUAGACAUCCAAGGGGUGUGCCCACCCAGACAACUGAGGGGUGUGCCCACCUAGACAUCCGAGGGGUGUGCCCACCUAGACAUCCGAGGGGUGUGCCCACCCAGACAACCGAGGGGUGUGCCCAGCUAGACAUCCGAGGGGUGUGCCCACCUAGACAAUCUGAGGGGUGUGCCCACCUAGACAACCGAGGGGUGUGCCCACCUAGACAACCGAGGGGUGUGCCCACCUAGACAUCUGAGGGGUGUGCCCACCUAGACAACCGAGGGGUGUGCCCACCUAGACAACCGAGGGGUGUGCCCAGCUAGACAUCCGAGGGGUGUGCCCACCUAGACAAUCUGAGGGGUGUGCCCACCUAGACAACCGAGGGGUGUGCCCACCUAGACAACCGAGGGGUGUGCUCACCUAGACAAUCCGAGGGGUGUGCCCACCUAGACAAUCCGAGGGGUGUGCACACUUAGAUAUCUGAGGGAUGUGCUCACUGUUUUCUCAUGGGACGGCUAAGCAAAUGAAAAAUAUUUGUAAAAACUGAAUUCAUAAUGAAGCUUACUGAUAGGAACAAUAAAAGAAAAUGGUUUGACAGUGGCUAAACUGUACAGGGCAAGACUCUGAUGCCAGAACAGUGGGCGCGGCAGGGAUCAUGCACAAUAUUGACACUCACAGAGGCAGAGGUCCUCGCUGUGCCUCUCAUCAAUAUAGGAAAUCUUACAAUAUUUGCAAGGGAAAAUGUUCUGGUGAAUCCAAUCUUAGCAAAUUUACAAUGGAAAUGUGAAAAAAUGAAAACGCUUCAUCUUUAAUACGUAGAAAACUGACCAAGAAACAGAAGUUAGCUUAAUGGAGUUUACUCCAGAAACUCUAUUCUUGGUAAAGAAUCAUCAGUGAUCUAAUUCUGGACACUACACAUGGGUUUUUGCAUGGGCAUGUGCUUUCAUGUCUCUCGGGUAAAUACUUAGGGGUGGAAUGGCUGGAUCAUACGGUGGGUGUAAGUUUUGACAUACAAAUGCAUCCCCGAAGCAAUCACCACAACCCAGAGAGUGAACACGUCCGUCACUCCCUAAAGUUUCCUUGUGGCACUUUGCAAUCCCUCCAGCCUGUCCCCUCUCCUGCCCCAGGCAAUGUCUGGUCUGCUUUGUCUCAUAUCAAUGUGCUUUUCUCAUAAUUUUAUAUAAAUGAAACCCUACAGCAAGCCCUUUUUAAAAUCAAUCUUCUUUCACUCAGCAUAAUCAUUUUGAGAUUCAUUUUGUGUAUCGGUGAUUUAUUUCUUUCCAUUGCUGAGUAUUUCAUCACACGGCUACACCACAGUUUGUUUUCCUAUCUACCUAUUGAUGGACAUUGGGUUGUUUCCAGUCUGCGCUAUUCCAAAUGAAGCAGCUAUGCGCACUCAAAUACAAGGAUUUGUAUGGGCAUACAUGUUCAUAUCUCUUGGCUAACCAUGUGUGUGAGGAAUGGCUGGUAGGUAUAUGUUAAAAAGCACUUUUUGAAAAACAUUGAGUGUUUUUUCAAAGUGAUUGCAACAUUUCACAGUCCCAUCAGCAGUAUAUGAGAGUCCCAACUCUUCCACAUCCUUGACAAGAUUUGGUAUGGUCAGCCUUUUUUAUUUUCUUUUAUUAUUAUUAUACUUUAAGUUUUUUUUUUUUUUUUUUUUUUUGAGACGGAGUCUCGCUCUGUCGCCCAGGCUGGAGUGCAGUGGCGCGAUCUCGGCUCACUGCAAGCUCCGCCUCCCGGGUUCACGCCAUUCUCCUGCCUCAGCCUCCCGAGUAGCUGGGACUACAGGCGCCCGCUACCACGCCCGGCUAAUUUUUUGUAUUUUUAGUAGAGACGGGGUUUCACCGUGUUAGCCAGGAUGGUCUCGAUCUCCUGACCUCGUGAUCCGCCCGCCUCGGCCUCCCAAAGUGCUGGGAUUACAGGCGUGAGCCACUGCGCCCGGCCUAUACUUUAAGUUUUAGGGUACAUGUGCACAAUGUGCAGGUUUGUUACAUAUGUAUACAUGUGCCAUGCUGGUGUGCUGCACCCGUUAACUCGUCAUUUAGCAUUAGGUAUAUCUCCUAAUGCUAUCCCUCCCCACUCCCCCUAUCCCACAACAGUCUCCGGAGUGUGAUGUUCCCCUUCCUGUGUCCAUGUGUUCUCAUUGUUCAGUUCCCACCUAUGAGUGAGAACAUGUGGUGUUUGGUUUUUUGUCCUUGCGAUAGUUCACUGAGAAUGAUGGUUUCCAGUUUCAUCCAUGUCCCUACAAAGGACAUGAACUCUUCAUUUUUUAUGGCUGCAUAGUAUUCCAUGGUGUAUAUGUGCCACAUUUUCUUACUCCAGUCUAUCGUUGUUGUACAUUUGGGUUGGUUCCAAGUUUUUGCUAUUGUGAAUAGUGCCACAAUAAACAUAUGUGUGCAUGUGUCUUUAUAGCAGCAUGUUUUAUAAUCCUUUGGGUAUAUACCCAGUAAUGGGGUGUCUGGGUCAAAUGAUAUUUCUAGUUUUAGAUCCCUGAGGAAUCGCCACACUGACUUCCACAAUGGUUGAACUAGUUUACAGUCCCACCAACAGUGUAAAAGUGUUCCUAUUUCUCCACAACCUCUCCAGCACCUGUUGUUUCCUGACUUUUUAAUGAUCACCAUUCUAACUGGUGUGAGAUGGUAUCUCACUGUGGUUUUUAUUUGCAUUUCUCUGAUGGCCAGUGAUGAUGAGCAUUUUUUCAUGUGUUUUUUGGCUGCAUAAACGUCUUCUUUUGAGAAGUGUCUGUUCAUAUCCUUCGCCCACUUUUUGAUGGGGUUGUUUUUUCUUGUAAAUUUGUUUGAGUUCAUUGUAGAUUCUGGAUAUUAGCCCUUUGUCAGACGAGUAGGUUGCGAAAAUUUUCUCCCAUGUUGUAGGUUGCCUGUUCACUCUGAUGGUAGUUUCUUUUGCUGUGCAGAAGCUCUUUUGUUUAAUUAGAUCCCAUUUGUCAAUUUUGGCUUUUGUUGCCAUUGCUUUUGGUGUUUUAGACAUGAAGUCCUUGCCCAUGCCUAUGUACUGAAUGGUAUUGCCUAGGUUUUCUUCUAGGGUUUUUAUGGUUUUAGGUCUAACAUUUAAGUUUUUAAUCCAUCUUGAAUUAAUUUUUAUAUAAGGUGUAAGGAAGCGAUCCAGUUUCAGCUUUCUAUAUAUGGCUAGCCAGUUUUCCCAGCACCAUUUAUUAAAUAGGGAAUCCUUUCCCCCUUUCUUGUUUUUGUCAGGUUUGUCAAAGAUCAGAUGGUUGUAGAUAUGUGGCAUUAUUUCUGAGGGCUCUGUUCUGUUCCAUUGAUCUAUAUUUCUGUUUUGGUACCAGUACCAUGCUGUUUUGGUUACUGUAGCCUUGUAGUAUAGUUUGAAGUCAGGUAGCAUGAUGUCUCCAGCUUUGUUCUUUUGGCUUAGGAUUGACUUGGCAAUGCGGACUCUUUUUUGGUUCCAUAUGAACUUUAAAGUAGUUUUUUCCAAUCUUGUGAAGAAAGUCAUUGGUAGCUUGAUGGGGAUGGCAUUGAAUCUAUAAAUUACCUUGGGCAGUACGGCCAUUUUCAUGAUAUUGAUUCUUCCUACCCAUAAGCAUGGAAUGUUCUUCCAUUUGUUUGCAUCCUCUUUUAUUUCAUUGAGCAGUGGUUUGUAGUUCUCCUUGAAGAGGUCCUUCACAUCCCUUGUAAGUUGGAUUCCUAGGUAUUUUAUUCUCUUUGAAGCAAUUGUGAAUGGGAGUUCACUUAUGAUUUGGCUCUCUGUUUGUCUGUUAUUGGUGUAUAAGAAUGCUUGUGAUUUUCGUACAUUGAUUUUGUAUCCUGAGACUUUGCUGAAGUUGCUUAUCAGCUUAAGGAGAUUUUGGGCUAAGACAAUGGGGUUUUCUAGAUAUACAAUCAUGUCAUCUGCAAACAGGGACAAUUUGACUUCCUCUUUUCCUAAUUGAAUACCCUUUAUUUCCUUCUCCUGCUAAUUGCCCUGGCCAGAACUUCCAACACUAUGUUGAAUAGGAGUGGUGAGAGUGGGCAUCCCUGUCUUGUGCCCGUUUUCAAAGGGAAUGCUUCCAGUUUUUGCACAUUCAGUAUGAUAUUGGCUGUGGGUUUUUCAUAGAUAGCUCUUAUUAUUUUGAGAUACGUCCCAUCAAUACCUAAUUUAUUGAGAGUUUUUAGCAUAAAGCAUUGUUGAAUUUUGUCAAAGGCCUUUUCUGCAUCUAUGGAGAUAAUCAUGUGGUUUUUGUCUUUGGUUCUGUUUAUAUACUGGAUUACAUUUAUUGAUUUGCGUAUGUUGAACUAGCCUUGCAUCCCAGGGAUGAAGCCCACUUGAUCAUGGUGGAUAAGCUUUUUGUUGUGCUGCUGGAUUUGGUUUGCCAGUAUUUUAUUGAGGAUUUUUGCAUCAAUAUUCAUCAAGGAUAUUGGUCUAAAAUUCUCUUUUUUGGUUGUGUCUCUGCCAGGCUUUGGUAUCAGGAUGAUGCUGGCCUCAUAAAAUGAGUUAGGGAGGAUUCUCUCUUUUUCUAUUGAUUGGAAUAGUUUCAGAAGGAAGGGUACCAGCUCCUCCUUGUACCUCUGGCAGAAUUCAGCUGUGAAUCCAUCUGGUCCUGGACUUUUUUUGGUUGGUAAGCUAUUGAUUAUUGCCACAAUUUCAGAGCCUGUUAUUGGUCUAUUCAGAGAUUCAACUUCUUCCUGGUUUAGUCUUGGGAGGGUGUAUGUGUAGAGGAAUUUAUCCAUUUCUUCUAGAUUUUCUAGUUUAUUUGCAUAGAGGUGUUUGUAGUAUUCUCUGAUGGUAGUUUGAAUUUCUGUGGGAUCGGUGGUGAUAUCCCCUUUAUCAUUUUUUAUUGGGUCUGAUUCUUCUCUCUUUUCUUCUUUAUUAGUCUUGCUAGCAGUCUAUCAAUUUUGUUGAUCUUUUCAAAAAAUCAGCUCCUGGAUUCAUUAAUUUUUUGAAGGGUUUUUUGUGUCUCUAUUUCCUUCAGUUCUGCUCUGAUUUUAGUUAUUUCUUGCCUUCUGCUAGCUUUUGAAUGUGUUUGCUCUUGCUUUUCUAGUUCUUUUAAUUGUGAUGUUAGGGUGUCAAUUUUGGAUCUUUCCUGCUUUCUCUUGUGGGCAUUUAGUGCUAUAAAUUUCCCUCUACACACUGCUUUGAAUGUGUCCCAGAGAUUCUGGUAUGUUGUGUCUUUGUUCUUGUUGGUUUCAAAGAACAUCUUUAUUUCUGCCUUCAUUUCGUUAUGUACCCAGUAGUCAUUCAGGAGCAGAUUGUUCAGUUUCCAUGUAGUUGAGCGGCUUUGAGUGAGAUUCUUAAUCCUGAGUUCUAGUUUGAUUGCACUGUGGUCUGAGAGAUAGUUUGUUAUAAUUUCUGUUCUUUUACAUUUGCUAAGGAGUGCUUUACUUCCAACUAUGUGGUCAAUUUUGGAAUAGGUGUGGUGUGGUGCUGAAAAAAAUGUAUAUUCUGUUGAUUUGGGGUGGAGAGUUCUGUAGAUGUCUAUUAGAUCUGCUUGGUGCAGAGCUGAGUUCAGUUCCUGGAUAUCCUUGUUGACUUUCUGUCUCAUUGAUCUGUCUAAUGUUGACAGUGGGGUGUUAAAGUUUCCCAUUAUUAUUGUGUGGGAGUCUAAGUCUCUUUGUAGGUCACUCAGGACUUGCUUUAUGAAUCUGGGUGCUCCUGUAUUGGGUGCAUAUAUAUUUAGGAUAGUUAGCUCUUCUUGUUGAAUUGAUCCCUUUACCAUUAUGUAAUGGGCCUUCUUUGUCUCUUUUGAUCUUUGUUGGUUUAAAGUCUGUUUUAUCAGGGACUAGGAUUGCAACCCCUGCCUUUUUUUGUUUUCCAUUUGCUUGGUAGAUCUUCCUCCAUCCCUUUAUUUUGAGCCUAUGUGUGUCUCUGCACGUGAGAUGGGUUUCCUGAAUACAGCACACUGAUGGGUCUUGACUCUUUAUCCAAUUUGCCAGUCUGUGUCUUUUAAUUGGAACAUUUAGCCCAUUUAUACUUAAAGUUAAUAUUGUUAUGUGUGUAUUUGGUCCUGUCAUUAUGAUGUUAGCUGGUUAUUUUGCUCGUUAGUUGCUGCAGUGUAUUCCUAGCCUUGACGGUCUUUACAUUUUGGCAUGUUUUUGCAGUGGCUGGUACUGGUUUUUCCUUUCCAUGUUUAGUGCUUCCUUCAGGAUCUCUUUUAGCACAGGUCUGGUGGUGACAAAAUCUCUCAGCAUUGGCUUGUCUGUAAAGUAUUUUAUUUCUCCUUCACUUAUGAAGCUUAGUUUGGCUGGAUAUGAAAUUCUGGGUUGAAAAUUCUUUUCUUUUUCUUUUUUUGGUAGCACAGUGAGUGGAGUUUAUUUUUAUAAUUUGUAGAAAAUUGACAUUUAGAUUUCAAAACUUAUAUUACAAAAUUAUCAGCAGCAGUCUUAAGCAUUUCAACCAUGCUGAUAGAUUCCACUUUGCUAACACAAACAAGGCUAUUAUACCAUGUUUGAAAAGCAAGACUUGUUCCAAGACGGCCUAUUAUUAUACAUCUGCCUCACUGCUAAGGACCCGUUUGUGACUGUGUCUUCUUCCAUCUCUUCUUCACCAUCAUCAGUGGGCCCCAAUCUGCGUUCUCUGCCAGGGAUCUGACCAGACUGCAGCAACCCCUUCAGCCUCUCCACUUCAGCCAGAGUUGAAGCAUUUGCUAUAGCAUUCUUGAUUGCUUCUACAUCCCCUGGAGAUGGCCCACCUUUCUUUUUGUCAGUUGGCAAACCAGCACCUGGAUUAAAAGUGUUGCUUCUCCUGGCAAUAUCCUUUGCAAGCUGUGCACCCCGUUUGCCCUUGAACAUUUUCUCUGCUUCCUGACGCUCUUUAGUUUCACUUUCUGGAAAUCCAGUACUCUGACUUGCGGAACUUUAUAAAUCACAUACAAUCUGUAAUGCUUCUUAUUGGUUACUGGAUUUCUUAGGAUACUUAGGUAAGUCAGCGAUUUGAGAGAUGCCAGAGGGUCCAGAUCACCCAGUUCCAUGAGCCUAUUAUUGGUGAGAAUGAGUUCUGUCAGACAGGGCAGAGCCUGAUCAAGUCCCUCACCUAUACGGCAUAUUCUGUUUUGUUCACUAACAACGUUUUCAGUCUUCUCAACAAAGGAAAACCAUCCAGUUUCCUGAUCUCAUUGUCAGAAAAAUCAAUAGCAUCAAACUGGUCUAAUGUAGCACCUAGAUUUUCAAUGACGGGAAUUGUAUACCCCCGGAGGUCCAGCUCCCGGUCGCGCACCGCGUUGGUGUACUGCGCCGCCUGCUCGAUCAGCUCCGCCGUCAGCUUGACCAUCCUGCAGCCUCCCGUUCCCCCGCGCUGUGGAAAGCUGAAAAUUCUUUUAAGAAUGUUGAAUAUUGGCCCCCACUCUCUUCUGGCUUGUAGGGUUUCUGCCGAGAGAUCCGCUGUUAGUCUGAUGGGCUUCCCUUUGAGGGUGACCCAACCUUUCUCUCUGGCUGCCCUUAACAUUUUUUCCUUCAUUUCAACUUUGGUGAAUCUGACAAUUAUGUGUCUUGGAGUUGCUCUUCUCGAGGAGUAGCUUUGUGGCGUUCUCUGUAUUUCCUGAAUCUGAAUGUUGGCCUGCCUUGCUAGAUUGGGGAAGUUCUCCUGGAUGAUAUCCUGAAGAGUGUUUUUCAACUUGGUUCCAUUCUCCCCGUCACUUUCAGGUACACCAAUCAGAUGUAGAUUUGGUCUUUUCACAUAGUCCCAUAUUUCUUGAAGGCUUUGUUCGUUUCUUUUUAUUCUGUUUUCUCUAAACUUCCCUUCUCGCUUCAUUUCAUUCAUUUCGUCUUCCAUCGCUGAUACCCUUUCUUCCAGUUGAUCGCUUCGGCUCCUGAGGCUUCCGCAUUCUUCACGUAGUUCCCGAGCCUUGGCUUUCAGCUCCAUCAGCUCCUUUAAGGACUUCUCUGCGUUGGUUAUUCUAGUUAUCCAUUUGUCUAAUUUUUUUUCACAGUUUUUAACUUCUUUGCUAUUGGUUUGAAUUUCCUCCUGUAGCUUGGAGUAAUUUGAUCAUCUGAAGCCUUCUUCUCUCAGCUCGUCAGUCAUUCUCCUUCCAGCUUUGUUCCGUUGCUGGUGAGGAACUGCGUUCCUUUGGAGGAGGAGAGGCGCUCCGCUUUUUAGAGUUUCCAGUUUUUCUGCUCUGUUUUUUCCCCAUCUUUGUGGUUUUAUCUACUUUUGGUCUUUGAUGAUGGUGAUGUACAGAUGGGUUUUCGGUGUGGAUGUCCUUUCUGUUUGUUAGUUUUCCUUCUAACAGACAGGACCCUCAGCUGCAGGUCUGUUGGAGUACCCUGCCGUGUGAGGUGUCAGUCUGCCCCUGCUGGGGGGUGCCUCCCAGUUAGGCUGCUCGGGGGUCAGGAGUCAGGGACCCACUUGAGGAGGCAGUCUGCCCGUUCUCAGAUCUCCAGCUGCGUGCUGGGAGAACCACUGCUCUCUUCGAAGCUGUCAGACAGGGACAUUUAAGUCUGCAGAGGUUACUGCUGUCUUUUUGUUUGUCUGUGCCCUGCCCCCAGAGGUGGAGCCUACAGAGGCAGGCAGGCCUCCUUGAGCUGUGGUGGGCUCCACCCAGUUCGAGCUUCCCGGCUGCUUUGUUUACCUCAGCAAGCCUGGGCAAUGGCGGGCGCCCCUCCCCCAGCCUCGCUGCCGCCUUGCAGUUUGAUCUGAGACUGCUGUGCUAGCAACCAGCGAGACUCCGUGGGCGUAGGACCCUCCGAGCCAGGUGUGGGAUAUAGUCUCGUGGUGCGCCGUUUUUUAAGUCCGUCGGAAAAGCGCAAUAUUCGGGUGGGAGUGACCCGAGUUUUCCAGGUGCGCCCGUCACCCCUUUCUUUGACUCGGAAAGGGAACUCCCUGACCCCUUGCGCUUCCCGAGUGAGGCAAUGCCUCGCCCUGCUUCGGCUCGCGCACGGUGCGCGCACCCACUGGCCUGCGCCCACUGUCUGGCACUCCCUAGUGAGAUGAACCCGGUACCUCAGAUGGAAAUGCAGAAAUCACCCGUCUUCUGCGUCGCUCACGCUGGGAGCUGCAGACCGGAGCUGUUCCUAUUGGGCCAUCUUGGCUCCACCACCCUGAAAUAGGGUCUCACUCUGUCGCCCAGGCUGGAGUGCAGUGGCGCGAUCACGGCUCACUGCAGCCUCCAACUCCUGGACUCAAGCGAUCCUCCCUCCUCGGCAUCCCUGGACUAUAGGCGUGAGCCACUGCUUACGGGCGAAGACUUGCUUGUCGGUAUCCUCGCCAUCUAAGUGGGGAGGCCUCGGAGGGGCUGUCCCCGCGUGCUAAGCCAGCCACCGGGGCGGAUUUGCCCUCACGUGCGGUUCCGAGUGAGGGCUGGAGAGACCAGGGACGCUGCGGGUCGGCCCCUCGGGCCCUGCCGCCCGUCUGGACUCUGCGCGCUGUCGAACCACGCCCGCCGGCCCAGCUCGCGCCGCAGCGCACUCCACUUCCGGCUCGGCCCGCGUCCUCGCAGCUGCUAGGCAACCGCGCAAGGACCCCGAGGGAGGCUGCCCGGCCGAAGGCCUGAAGGACCCCGCCGGGGCGCUGGCUGCCCAGCGCGGCGCCUGGCGGGAGGGCCGCAGGGAGUGCGCAUGCGGCCGAGUGCGGGACUGGGGCUCCUGGCUGUGGGUGUGGUACUGAGGCUUCAGCGGGUGCCGCCCGCCUAGAGGGAGUGGAGCGGUGAGCACGUCAGGGGUGGGGGGCGCAGGUCAAGCUUUCACCAGUUUUUAAUUCUUUGAUGGGGUAAAUUUGAGCAAUUUUCUCGACUUGUCGACAUUCGUUAUUAACUGAGCAGGAAUCAGGAGAGGAACCCGGUCCUCUCCACACAGCCCAGCAGAGAGCCUACGACUAGAUUUGCAUCUUUACGUCCUGCGCGGAGGCUGCUACACACAUGCAGAAGUCAUGCUGGUGGCCUGGACAGUGAAGGGAGAGAAGUGGAUUUGGGAGACAUUUAGGAGGUGCUGUUGUAGGAGCAAGGGAUACAAUGAUGAUCAAGGCAGAUGCAGCCGUUACCUUCAGGUUGUGGAGUCCGGAUACAGACUGGAGGCAGGCAGCUGUAAGAUGUGCGACAAAUGCUGCGCUGGAUCAGCCCGUGGUAUUAGGAGAGCAGAGACCGAGAGGUUGAUGUCACUCCCAAUAUCGGAGGAAGUAUACACCCCCGUGUGAGAUGGUCCUUAAUGAUAUUCCACGGCGGAGGGGUUGAUAUGACUACAUACAUGGCAGAAAGUGGAAACCCCCCAGGGAUAUUAUUCCCACGAUCCUGGAGGGAAGAAGAUGAUGUUACUUUCAAUAUGACAGAAGGUGGAUGAAGUGGUGGACUGCCCCUCCACACCUAUGGACACGCCCCCACUGAUAUUCCUUCUAAUUGCAACAUGGGAGAGGAGGAUAUGACACGCGAUAUCGCAGGCAGUAGAAACGCCCCUGUGAUACUGUUCUUAAUAUUCAGGGAGGAAGAGGAUAAUAUUACUCCCAAUACAGAUGGGUGUACACCCGUCUGUGAAAGAGUUCGUAAUCUCCAGAGGGGGAGAUGAUAUUACUCACAAUAUGACUGAGUCUUGCUCUGUUGCCCAUGCUUUGCUGGAUCUCGGGUGACUGCAACCACUGCCUCCCAGGUUCAAGAGAUUCUCCUGCCUCAGCCUCCUGAGUAGCUGGGACUAGAGGCGUGUGUCACCACACCCAGCUAAUUUUUGUAUUUUUAGUAGAGAUGGGGUUUCACCAUGUUUGCCAGGAUGGUCUCUAUCUCCUGACCUUGUGAUCCACCCACCUCAGCCUCCCAAACUGCUGGGAUUGCAGGUGCGAGCCACCGGGUCCAGCCUCUCAGGCGAUUUUCAUACCUGCAUACUCUGAUCACUACUCUGUUAAACAGUCAAGGAGGGAAGAUCUCUGAGCUCCAUCUGCAUUCUUUCUUCCUGUGCUGUGGCCUGGAAAGUUUUCUAAGGUGUUUGGGAGGUCAAUUGUGGGGCUAGCCUCAUUUGUUUCUCAUUUCUUGAGGAUCACUGCCUUUUGAUGCUUGAUUCCAGUGAUUGAUUCCCUUUGUUGCUUGAGGGCCAUAGUUUCAUAUAUUUUCUCCAGUAUUUUUGUUGUUUUAGGUCAGAAAGUAAUUUUGGUCUCUGUUACUCCAUCUUGGCCAGAAGUGUAAGACCUAAGCAUUUACACAUCAAAAUACUGCACACAUAAUUUUAGUUUAAGCCACUUUUUAAAAAAUCUCCUUCAUUUUCCAUUUAGCAUUCUGUUUAGGGUAUUACAUUGGUUUUUUUGAAAUUCUGUUAUUGGCAGUUUCUAUUGCCUCUCAAUCCCAUUUAAAGAUAGUGCAUAGGGUAUUCUAAAAUAGCUGUUAAGCAAAGAGAAAAUUGGGCCUGAUAGGGUGAGAAUCACAGCUCUAAUACCUAGAGUGACCUUAUAAUGUAUUGUCCAAAGGAGAUAUUUUUGACAGUGAAAGAGGGUGUUGUUAGUAAUUAUAUCAGGACCAUGGCCUAAACCAGGACUAUCCCAGGCAGCCUGGGACAUAUUUGUACCCCAUCUCUAUUUAAUGCCUUUAUACAAUUCUUUACUUAAUUCUACCAGCCUUUAUUGAGCCUGCUUUCUUUGUCUAGCUGAGUGCCACGUGCUGACAUCACUAAGAUCAAUACAGCAAACUCUGAAAGAUGGACAGAGAGACAGGAGAUGGUCCUUUAUAAUGCAGUGUGAUCUGUGCUGCAAUAGAGAUGGAAGAGUGUUCUGAUCGGCUGGAAAACAACGCACAUGGGAAGCUGUACAGAAAUGAGUGGGGAAAGUUUUGGAAGCUAGAAGUUCAAAACGAGGUGUUGGCAGCACCAUGCUCUCUCUGAAGAUGCUAGGAAGAAUCUGCUCCAUGCCUUUCCAUUCGCUUCUGGGGUUUCCUGCAAGCCCUGACAUUCCUUGGCUUGUAGAUGCAUCACCCCAGUUUCUGCCCCCAUCAUCACAUGGCCUCCUCUCUGCGUGUGCCUCUGCAUUCCCUCUAUUCUUCUUCUAAGGACACCGACACCAGUCAUAGUGGAUUAAGGGUCCACUCCUAACUAAUUACAUCUGCAACAACCCUAUUUCCAAAUAAAGUCACAUUCUAAGA